CCUUCCCAACAUGGCAGAAACCCGGCGUCUGUGAAGGAGGGCCCUGCGGGCGCCGAGGCCAAUGGCGGGCCGCGAGCGGCCGGGGGGCGGGGAAGACGGCAGCCGCACGCCCAACCCGUGGCCCGGGAGGUGGUUGGGGAGUGAAUUUUCUGGAAGGCGACUUUAAAGGCGCCGGGCCCGAGCGGAGGGCGUUGCAGUACGGCCGUCGCCGGGGCCGGGCCGGGAGCGCGUUGGUGGCCGGAGGCGGGCUGCGCGGCGGGCGUCGCGGAACUCGCUGGGGACCCUCGCAGGAUGAACCACAAGAGCAAGAAGCGGAUCCGCGAGGCCAAGCGGAGUGCGCGCCCGGAGCUGAAGGACUCGCUGGACUGGACCCGCCACAAUUACUACGAGAGCUUCUCGCUGAACCCGGCGGCCGUGGCGGAUAACGUGGAGCGGGCGGACGCCUUGCAGCUCUCGGUGGAAGACUUUGUGGAGCGAUACGAAAGGCCUUACAAGCCCGUGGUUCUGCUGAACGCCCAGGAGGGCUGGUCCGCGCAGGAGAAAUGGACUCUGGAGCGCCUGAAGAGGAAGUACCGCAACCAGAAGUUCAAGUGCGGGGAGGACAAUGACGGCUACUCGGUGAAGAUGAAGAUGAAGUACUACAUCGAGUACAUGGAGAGCACCCGGGACGACAGCCCCCUGUACAUCUUCGACAGCAGCUACGGCGAGCACCCCAAGAGGAGGAAGCUUCUGGAAGACUACAAGGUGCCCAAGUUCUUCACCGAUGACCUUUUCCAGUACGCAGGGGAGAAGCGCAGGCCCCCCUACAGGUGGUUUGUGAUGGGGCCCCCGCGCUCCGGAACCGGAAUUCACAUCGACCCUCUGGGCACCAGCGCCUGGAACGCCUUGGUGCAGGGCCACAAGCGCUGGUGCCUGUUCCCCACCAGCACGCCCCGGGAGCUCAUCAAGGUGACCCGCGACGAGGGGGGGAACCAGCAGGACGAAGCCAUCACCUGGUUUAAGAUCAUCUAUCCCCGGACACAGCUUCCAACCUGGCCACCCGAGUUCAAGCCCCUAGAAAUCCUGCAAAAGCCGGGAGAGACUGUCUUUGUGCCAGGAGGCUGGUGGCAUGUUGUCCUCAAUCUUGACACCACCAUUGCCAUCACCCAGAAUUUUGCCAGCAGCACCAACUUCCCUGUUGUAUGGCACAAGACGGUAAGAGGGAGACCAAAGUUGUCCAGGAAAUGGUAUAGGAUCUUGAAGCAGGAGCACCCCGAGCUGGCGGUCCUGGCCGACUCGGUUGACCUUCAGGAAUCCACAGGGAUCGCCUCCGACAGCUCCAGCGACUCCUCCAGCUCCUCCAGCUCCAGCUCGUCGGACUCGGACUCGGAGUGUGAGACGGGCUCUGAAGGCGACGGGACGAUGCACCGCAGGAAGAAGCGGAGGACCUGCAGCAUGAUGGGGAACGGGGACACCACCUCCCAGGACGACUGCGUGAGCAAGGAGCGCAGCUCCUCCAGGUGACCGCCAGCUCCUGCUGGCGAGAGCGCCGCGGCCAGGGCCGGCCGGGGGCGGCCUGUGGGCUCUGCACACGGCGAGCCCGCGAGAGCCGAGGAGGAGGACGCUCCAGGGAUGGGUCCACUCAGCAUUGGCUACAGUAGCUCUUUCGUCGGCUACCGAUGCAGAUUACCAUGGCUUGUGGCUUGUUUUAUGCAUAAAGGCAAGAACCUCUGUGGAUGGUGCCAAGGAAACCCUGUACAUUAUUUAAUAAAAACAAAAUGCAUUUUACAUCUUUGAA